CUGGCUGGUGCCGCCCAGGUUUUAUUCCUUCAGCUGAAAAUGACCUAGGUCUAAAAGUCAAAACUGGAAAUUCUAAUUCUCAUCUGAACAUGUCCUCAGAGAUCAAUGGUAGAAGUCAACUUGCUCAUGAAGGGGACAGUGGCCGGCACCAGAGUGAUGGUACUUCUGCUAUCUCUAAUGAUGCUGAAGUUUCCACUAAUAAUAAUAAUCACUUAGAUAAUCUUAAUAAUGAUGCUGAUGAUAACAGUGUUGAGCCUUGUGGUGAAUCUCAGAAUGCAUCUUCCCCUGGUAAUGACAACAACCCACAGUCCUUACCCAAUAUUAUUAACCCUAACACAGCCAUGAGUGAGGAUAGUAAUGUAGAUGUAGAGACAGAGGAGCAAAGCACUCCGAUGAUAAGCAAUGAUCUUGAGCCAGGAGAAAUGGUCUCAAAUGAAGUGGUGGUUUCGGAUAGUGCUGGUUCAUUGAGACAUUCUCAUGAGGAAGAAUUGGCAAUGUCUGAUGCUCAUUACAUUGAAAAACAGGUGGUAGAAUCUUUUCUCAGUGGAGGUUCAAGCGAAAUUACCAAUAGUAGACUUAUUCAGGAUAGAAUGCCUGUGGAUAGAAUGUCUAUUUCCGAGAAAAGGCCAGCAGCAAAUGGAAACAAUAAUUAUGAGAAAGCCAUGGCUGCCUCUGGAAGUAGCAGUGUGGUCUCAAACAAUGCCCUUAAUAGUAAAGCUACUAAAUCCCUUGAUGCUAUUUCAUUGACUAUUGCUAGUGUAGCAGCUGGUGAAGGGGGGCCGCCAGAGUUUCUGACAAGACACCCGCCAGACAAGCUUCGAGACGAUCGCUCAUUUCAACAAACUUCUUCUGC